AUGACAUCUAUUACUCAGCUGCUGUCGCCAUGGCCUACAGUUACUAAGCAAUCCAUAGUUCUUCGAGAGCACUACAUGCCACCACCAUCCCAAGACCAUCUCGACAAUAUGGCUCAGCAGCAACAACCUCCAUCACCACCAACCGAUCCUUCAGGAGACGCUCAUUCUGGCAAUCCGGACAGCGACGGUGGCGAUGGCGCCACUGAUGGACGCAAAGGCUAUGGGAAGCGGGAAUUAAGCACCAGCAAGAGGGCAGCACAAAACCGAGCCGCACAGCGAGCAUUUCGACAGCGAAAGGAGGGCUACAUCAAAAAGCUCGAGGAGCAAGUUCGAGACUAUCAGAUUCUGAGCGAGAACUUCAAGCAGGUUCAGUCCGAAAACUACCAGCUCAGAGAUUACAUCAUCAAUUUGCAGUCCCGCUUAUUAGAAUCUCAAGGCGAGGUUCCCCCACCACCCAGCAACGUGGACGGCCUGCAACCAGGGAAAGCGAACCAAUCUCACCCGGUCGGAACGCUACCGAGGCUAUCAGAACUGGGUGCCGUGGGCAGUCAACCGCCCGACACAAUGUCUGCUCACCACGAUUCUCCUUUAUCCCGAAGUUCUUAUCCCGACCCGUCAUAUUCUGAUCCAACUCGCAUGAGAACUUCUUCUGCGGAGCUUACGCCUUCUCAGGCUGCCCUGCAGGGUGCUUCGAUACUCGCCAACUCGCCAAACGGGGGCAGAUAG